CGCAAGAUGUCAUCUGUGAAUAUAAAGUUUCGCUAUUGCUUGACACCCACUGAUCCUGAGCAAAACCCGGUGCUAAUUGUGGGACAGGUUGCACAUUUGAAUUCACUCUCUUGGAAUGAUGUCCGAUGCAAAUUGGAGCCCCGGGUCACAGAAGAGUCAUGGCGUCGAGGUCUCUCUUGCGUCACAUCUUCGCCCGGCGACUCCGUAGAGCUUUGGCCCCGCGCAGCCUCUCUGGCAUCGCUGCCAGUACGCUGUUCUCGUCACUCGGCGCCUUCACGCUCGCACGCGCUCGCCAAGAUCGUGAGGGGGACGCAACGAGCCAUCGACGAAUCUAUUGUGUUAGUUUGCCGCAAACGCGACGUAUACGCAUGCGCUGUGGCCAUAGCUCGCUCCUUCCCCCUUUACGGGGCCCGGACUACAGCAACGCCGCUCGCUACCACGGGUUCGAUUCCCGUGCAAUCGUCCACCGUCACCGUGGAAGUGCUGCUCGUUAAGGAGGAUAGUAAGCAAAAUGGCGAUUCAGAAGACGAGAGCCUCAUAUUAGACCCAGUGCUCACCGAACGCAAUCUAUCAGCCGAGGAAUUGACCACAAUACAGAAUGUGGCAGAUGCUACAAGACUGGCAGCUCGAAUUACUGAUACCCCGGCCAAUAUUAUGAAUGUCGACCAAUUCAUACAGGAAGCAUGCGCAGUAGCCAAAGAUCUAGACAUAGAGGAGCCCACGAUAAUUCGCGGCGAGGAGUUGAGGGACCGCGGCAUGGGCGGCAUAUACGGCGUGGGAAAAGCGGCCGCUUGCCCCCCGGCCUUAGUGGCACUCUCGUACAGGGUCCCCUCGGCCGUGGAGACAGUCGCUUGGGUGGGCAAGGGUAUUGUCUACGAUACUGGCGGUCUCAGCAUUAAGGCAAGGACUUCCAUGGUGGGAAUGAAGGGAGACUGUGGUGGCGCCGCCGCAGUCUUAGCCGCUUUCAGUGCCGCUGUUAAAGCCAAACCCAUGGUCAAUCUGCAUGCCGUACUGUGUCUGGCGGAGAACGCUGUCGGACCAUUAGCCACCAGGCCAGAUGACAUACACACACUAUACUCUGGACGUACAGUUGAAAUAAACAACACGGAUGCUGAAGGUCGUUUGGUACUGGGCGAUGGAGUGGUAUACGCAUCCAGGGACUUGAAAGCCGAUACUAUAGUGGAUGUAGCAACACUAACGGGGGCACAGGGCAUAGCAACAGGCAAAUAUCACGCGGGCGUAAUAUCAAACAGUCGGCGCUUAGAAUCGGCCGCGGUUACAGCGGGAAGAAUGUCCGGAGACCUGGCGCACGCGCUGCCCUUCGCGCCCGAGAUGCACUUCAGCGAGUUCACCAGCGUAUGCGCCGAUAUGAAGAACAGCGUCGCUGAUCGUAACAACGCGCAGCCGUCGUGCGCGGGCCUGUUCGUGCUGGCCCAGCUGGGGUUCGACUUCCCCGGCGCCUGGUUGCACGUCGACAUGGCGGCGCCUGCUCACUGCGGUGAACGAGCAACCGGUUACGGAGUAGCGCUCCUCACCGUACUAUUCGGGGCCCACACCGAAAACAAACUCUUGAAAGCUAUGUCGCCACUAUCCAAAGCUUGAUAUCGGUCUAUUACUGCCCAAUGUUGCCAGAUUCUAGCAAACGGAACUAGAGGAAUUAAUGUUUCCUCCUUUUUUACUUAUAUCGAUAAAUUGGGCUAAUUUCUUGCGCAUGGCAUGAUUAUUUGGUACUGGUAAUACUAAAGCGAAAGAUCGACUAUUUUUUAGCCCAUUAAAGUUCAGCAAUAGCGGACAAUAAAUAAAUAUUAUUGUAAUGAAUUUUGCUUGUAGGUAAUAUACACCAAUGUAUUCAAUAAAUUUUCGUAGAUUUUGUAAGUACCUAUGUAUUUAUCGCCACAAUUGAACAUUUGAUAGCACUAUAACAUUAUUAUGAACUUUUUAAUUUUCUGUGCAUGUUUUACUUAACAAUUGUAGUACAAAGGUUAAUA